AAACGGGAGGACUCCCCUCAACCGAAGUUUGGCUGUCAACUCAAGAAGCAGUAAAAGAAACCCCAGCUAAAUGACUUUUGAGCCAGCUUUCAUAAACAAAAACCUCAUCCGCUCCCAGGCCUACAUCAACGGUCAGUGGGUGAGCUCGCCAAAGACCUACCAGAUCACUGAUCCCGCCAGCUUGAAGACGAUUGCCGUGUUGCCAGACCAGGAGGUUUCUGCUGUGGACGAAGCGGUUGAUGCUGCCGCGGUGGCUUUCAAGCAGUUCAAAACCACUUCUCCACGCUACCGUGCGGGGUUGUUGCGCAAGUUGUACGACUUGAUGAUGGAAAACGCCGAGGAUUUGGCACAAUUGAUCACCUGGGAGAACGGAAAGCACUUGAACGAAGCUAGGGGAGAGGUCAAGUACGCUGCGUCGUACUUUGAAUGGUUUGCGGAAGAGGCUCCACGGAUGUACGGCCACACUAUUUCUCCUGCCAACCCCUCGAACCGCGUGAUGACGCGUAAAGAGCCGAUCGGGGUCUGUGGGAUCAUCACCCCGUGGAACUUCCCAGCGGCCAUGGGCUGCAGAAAGAUUGCCCCAGCACUUGCGGCUGGUUGCACCGUGGUGGUGAAGCCAGAUUCCGGCACCGCUUUGUCAACCUUGGCCAUUGCGUAUCUCGCGGAGCAGGCUGGUUUCCCGGCAGGGACGGUGAAUGUGGUUCUUUCCGACACCCAGACGCCGGAAUUCGGCUUGCGGUUAUGCGAGUCCAAGAAGGUGAAGAAGAUCUCCUUUACUGGGUCCACUAAUGUGGGGAAGCUCUUGAUGAAGCAGUCGUCAUCUACUUUGAAGAAGUUGUCGUUUGAGCUCGGAGGAAACGCGCCGGUUAUUGUGUUUGACGACGCGAGCUUGGACCAUGCGGUGGAACAGGCGGUCGCCUCUAAGUUCCGAGGCUUGGGCCAGACGUGUGUGUGUGCCAACAGAAUCUACGUGCAAUCCGGGAUCUACGAUAAGUUCGCCGAGAGAUUCGUGAAAACGGUGGCUAACUUCACUGUUGGGCACGGCUUGGACCCUGCGGCUACCCAUGGCUGUUUGAUCAACGAACGCGCCAUUAACAAGGUGGAGGAGCAUGUGAAGGAUGCAGUUAGUAAGGGUGCCGUGGCGGUUUUGCCUGGUGGCAGAAGACCAGAGUUGGGCUCGCCAAACUUCUACUCCCCGACAGUGUUGACUGGUGUGACCCAGGACAUGCAGGUAGCUAACGAAGAGACCUUCGGGCCGCUCGGUGCGUUGAUCAAAUUUGAAACCGCUGAAGAAGUCAUCGAAUACGCGAACGGUGUGGACCACGGGUUGGCAUCGUAUGUAUUUUCCGAAAACUACAACACAAUCCUCAUGGUUAGUGAGGCAUUGGAGGCCGGGAUGGUCUCGUGUAACACCGGUUUGUUCACCGACUGCGCUAUUCCGUUUGGUGGGGUCAAGGAGUCGGGGUUCGGCAGAGAGGGCAGCUUGUACGGGUUGGACGACUACACCACGAUCAAAACCAUCACCAUCGGUAACUUGAGACCAUUUGUGUAGCUAGGUCUGAUGGGGGUGUUAAUGAAAUAGUGUUAUGGAAAAGAUGUAGAAUGGAAUUUCUCAAUACCCUAGAUGGUUAAACUUUUUAUAUGUCUAAUUGUUUACUGUGAUAUAGCACAUUUCUGUGU